AGUCCAAAGCAGUUGUUCCUCGCCGUCUCGGGGUCUCGGCCUCUCCUCGGUCUCUCCUCCCAGAUCGGGCCAUCCAGGUGCUACCGCUCUUCGCCCCCUCCACUUCACCGCCGCCGCGUAGAUCCGUCUCCGCCUCCUGGAAGCGCUACCAGUGGACCAACGCCGAGCCGGCGGAGUUAGCGGCGUUAGGGUUGCGGUUGGGAAUUGAUUGCGGGGGACGCAGCGGUGGCGCCUGGCAUGGCGGGGGCGCCCGGGGUCGGGCCGGGUGCGGGGGGUGGGGGCGGCGCCGCUGCGGGGCUCAAGACUUACUUCAAGACGCCCGAGGGGAGGUACAAGCUGCAGUACGAGAAGGCGCACUCCGCGGUGCUGCACUACAGCCACGGCGGCAAGACCGUCUCGCAGGUACGGAUGGGAACUGGGAAGUGCGCUUCUGCCAGGGGGAUCUACGCGGAUUGCUGCGGUGGAUGGAUGCUUUUGUUGACAGUGGCAUACCUCAAGGAGAAGCCUGCUAGCCAGGGCUCUCAGCCAUCAACACCAAGCGCCAGCAGUGGGAUGCGGUCUGCAGCAGCAAGGCUGCUGGGCACUGGGAAUGGGAGCAAGGCACUUAGCUUUGGUGGCGGUAAUGGUGCAAGCCGAGCUGUUGCUGGAAGCAGCCGUGUAGGAGGCGGCCUUGGUACACCUACAGGCCUUGGUGGAUCACAGGGGGGCACAAAUUAUGAUGGCAAGGGUACAUAUAUUGUAUUCAAUGCUGCUGAUACACUAUUCAUCAGUGAUCUCAAUUCCCAGGAGAAGGAUCCACUAAAGUCCAUCCAUUUCAGCAACUCAAACCCACUGUGCCAUGCAUUCGACCCAGAGGCCAAAGAGGGACACGACCUGAUCAUUGGGAUGGGAUCAGGGGAUGUCUAUUCAAUGUCGCUGAGGCAACAGUUACAAGAUCCUGGAAGAAAACCCGUGGCAGCUCUACAUUACAAUAAGGGUGAUAAAGAUGUCUCACCCAAUGGAAGUCGUUGCACUUCUGUCGCAUGGGUGCCAGAGCGUGAAGGCAUUUUCGUUGUUAGCCAUUCUGAUGGAAAUUUGUACGUGUAUGAUAAAAACAAGGAUGGGAACACAGACUGUACGUUUCCAGCUGUCAAGGAUCAGUCUCAGUUUAUGGUUGCACAUGCAAAGUCGAGUAAGAGCAACCCAGUCGCUAGGUGGCAUAUAUGUCAAGGUUCGAUCAAUGCAAUUUCCUUUUCACCAGAUGGCGCAUACUUGGCGACUGUUGGGAGAGAUGGUUAUUUGAGAGUAUUCGAUUUUUCAAAGGAACAACUAAUAUUUGGUGGAAGAAGUUAUUAUGGUGCACUGUUGUGUUGCACUUGGAGCUCAGAUGGAAAAUAUCUAUUAACAGGUGGUGAAGAUGAUCUUGUGCAGGUAUGGGGCAUGGAUGAUAGAAAGAUAGUUGCUUGGGGUGAAGGACAUAAUUCAUGGGUCAGUGGAGUUGCUUUUGAUUCAUAUUGGUCCCCACCAAGUUCUGAUGGAAAUGGAGAAAAUGUAUAUCGCUUUGGUUCUGUUGGGCAGGACACCCAACUACUUCUGUGGGACCUGGCACUGGAUGAGAUUGUUGUCCCACUACGGCAUCCUUCAAGUGCCUCACCUACGUUUAGCAGCGGGAGCCCUUCCACACACUGGGACAAUGCAUGCCCUCCAACAGGUGUUCUUCAACCUUCUCCUAGAAUGCGAGAUGUCCCAAAACUAUCGCCCCUAGUUGCCCACCGAGUACAUGCCGAUCCCCUAUCUGGUAUGGUGUUCACCAGUGAAUCUAUCCUCACCAUCUGCCGCGAGGGCCUCAUCAAAAUCUGGGUUCGACCAGAGCAGAGCGAAAACAAUCAGCAAUCGAAUUCUUCAGAAUUUGCUUUAGGCCCUGCUUCGAAGGAUAGGGCGAUCACAUCUUCCAAUAAAGCAAGUAGCUCCAGCUUUAAGAAGCUGCCGCCUGUUCUUGUCACAUGAUGAAUCAACGGGAUGGUUCUUGUGGAUAUUUCUGCUUCACGUGGCAUUAGUGGUGGAUAUGAAUCUUACUCCAUGGUUGAUGGGGAUGAAACUCUCAUAUGGAGUCUGCAGACUGCAAGUAAUGAGGGUGAGCAUUUGAUGGUUGAUGUUCCCAGGAAGCAGGGCCAGCGUUGCCAGUUUUUUUGGCACGAAAGAGUAAAUGGGAGCUCUUGUACAGACACAUACUUAAUGAUAAAAUUGUAAAAACUCACUGUCCGUUUCAUAAUAUUCAAUAGCCACCGAAAGAUGAUUGGACGACCAUGUUAUCGAUUUUAGCUGGUGGGUUGAUAGUAUCCUUAAACUUUGGUACUUCGGAGACUUGUAAUUAUGGACCAUAAUAUCUGAGGAAUGCUUCAGUCUUACCUGGUGUAAGUUGUGUUACUAUUUC